AUGCCUAUCACAAUCCUCAACCCUCAGCCUCCCACGCCCCGGAGACCACAGGCUGUUGCAGCUACAAAUUCCGACUCUGACUCCGACUCAGAAGGCGGUGCUGGUGUUGUGGCCGACGACAUUCUCACUCCAGGCGCUGAGAUAACUUCAAAUGCCCAAUGGAUGCGUGGACACGGCACUUACGUACCGCCUGGGUCAUCGUCUAUCAAAUCUUCUCUUGCUGGUACUCUCACAAAGACAAACAAGCUGCUCUCUGUGCGGCCUCUCCGAGCCCGCUACACUCCGGAGAUUGGUGACUUGGUCGUUGGUCGAAUCGUCGAAGUCCAGGCAAAGCGCCAUCAACUUACCCGGUGGUAUCUCCGCAAGCGUACUGAAACUGAUGAGCUUCAAAUCCGCAGCUUCUUCGCCGAAGGUGAUCUUGUUGUCGCCGAAGUCCAGCAGCUGCACCAAGACGGUGCCGCGAGUCUCCACACCCGCAGUUUGAAGUAUGGUAAGCUUCGCAACGGUGUCUUCGUCGCUGUCACUGGAACCGGUGGUGGCGGUGGUGUCGUUCGAUCCAAGAGACAGGUCUGGACAAUGGAUGUGGCCAACGCCGGCGGCAAGGUCGAUGUCCUUCUUGGGGUAAAUGGAUACAUUUGGAUCAGCAAACACAUAGAAAGCGACCCGGCCGCUGAGGCAGCGGGCAUCAAUCGUAUGGAGGAGAAUGUUAGCAGCAAGGUCUACUCGAGUCAGAAUGAUCCCAUGGAAGUGUCGACCAUGCGCGAGAUUGCGCGAAUCCGCAGCGUCAUCCUGGCCCUUGUUGAGAACGGACUCAGGGUGGAUGAAGAUACAGUCACCAGAGGAUACAGUGAGGCAGUAGAUAUGGUUCGCGAUACUACUGACGACGACCUGUACCUGGGAGGCAACAAGGGACAGCACCUAGCAGCUGUUUUGACUGGCCGUUAA